AUGAAUAAAACAUUUGGAAAUAUUUUUCGUUCUAAUCGGCAGCGUGACACAGUUUCGGACUUCGACACGAUGACCGAUCGAUUGGUAGCCGAGAUUCUCCAUCACAUCGACAAGUCGGACUUGAUUCCGACCAAAGUCAGUUUUAUCGGACAUUCUUUAGGGACCAUCAUCAUAAGGAGCGCUCUGACACGACCCGAGCUACGACCGCUUCUUCCACGUUUACACACAUUUCUAAGUCUUAGCGGACCGCACUUAGGCACACUGUACAAUACCAGCGGAUUAGUUAAUGCAGGCAUGUGGUUCAUACAAAAGGUGAAGAAAUCCGGGUCGUUGCUGCAACUGGCGAUGAAGGAUGCGCCGGACGUCAGGCGGUCGUUCAUGUUUCGGCUAAGCCAGAAGAGCAAUCUCGAGAAGUUCAAACACGUCCUCCUGUGCGGCAGCGCGCAGGAUCGAUACGUGCCACUCCAUUCCGCUCGUAUAGAGCUCUGCAAAGCCGCCGUACGAGAUUCGACCGAUCAAGGUAAUCGAAUGGUCAUUUAUUUUUCAUUUACCUCCGGUGAUACGAUCCUCUCGAAUAAGCAGCAAAAUACCGAAGACGUCCGUCCCAACCCCCCGCGUUCUUCUGAUCAAAAGAGUUCUAUUUUCUGUGACAAAAGAACAUAUCUGCUUUAA